GCUCGGCUCGAUCCUCCCUUACUCCGGAAACCUACAACUCUCGGCACCCGGCCUCCAGCUUUCGGAACUAUGGAGGCCGCGCCCGGGACCCCCCCGCCGCCACCAUCAGAGUCGCCGCAGCCGCCAUCGCCGCCGCCGCCAUCAACGCCUUCGCCUCCUCCGUGUUCCCCCGACGCCUGCCCGGCCACCCCGCACCUCCUCCACCACCGCCUCCCGCUCCCUGACGACAGGGAAGAUGGUGAGUUGGAAGAAGGUGAAUUGGAAGACGAUGGGGCCGAGGAGACCCAGGACACCUCCGGAGGGCCUGAGAGGAGCCGGAAGGAAAAGGGGGAGAAGCACCAUAGUGACUCGGACGAGGAGAAGUCUCACAGGAGACUGAAGCGAAAGCGGAAGAAAGAGCGGGAGAAGGAAAAGAGGAGGUCGAAGAAGAGGAGGAAAUCCAAGCACAAACGCCAUGCCUCUUCCAGCGAUGACUUCUCUGACUUCUCAGACGACUCGGAUUUCAGUCCCAGCGAGAAGGGGCACCGCAAAUACCGAGAGUACAGCCCCCCGUACACAUCGUCCCACCAGCAGUACCCCCCAUCACACACCACAUCCCUGCCCAAGAAGGCCUACUCCAAGAUGGACAGCAAAGGCUACGGCCUAUAUGAAGACUAUGAGAACGAGCAGUAUGGGGAGUACGAGGGCGACGAGGAGGAGGACCUCGGCAAGGAGGACUAUGACGACUUUACCAAAGAGCUGAACCAGUACCGGCGCGCCAAGGAGGGCAGCAGCCGGGGCCGUGGCAGCCGAGGCCGUGGCAGAGGCUACCGGGGUCGAGGCAGCCGUGGAGGGUCUCGAGGCCGAGGCAUGGGCAGGGGCAGCCGCGGAAGGGGCAGAGGCUCUGUGGGAGACCACCCGGAGGACGAAGAAGAUUUCUAUGAAGAGGAGAUGGAAUAUGGAGAAAGUGAGGAGCCAAUGGGAGAUGAGGACUAUGACGAAUAUUCCAAGGAGCUAAACCAGUACCGCCGGUCCAAGGAUGGCCGAGGACGAGGGUUAAAUCGAGGCCGUGGCCGGGGUUCCCGAGGUCGAGGGAAAGGGAUGGGCCGGGGUCGCGGCCGAGGUGGCAGCCGAGGAGGAAUGAACAAGGGUGGAAUGAACGAUGAUGAAGACUUCUAUGACGAGGACAUGGGCGAUGGUGGCGGGAGCUACCGGAGGAGUGACCAUGACAAGCCCCACCAGCAGUCUGACAAGAAAGGCAAAGUCAUCUGCAAAUACUUCGUGGAGGGGCGGUGUACGUGGGGAGACCACUGUAAUUUUAGCCACGACAUUGAGCUACCUAAGAAGCGAGAACUGUGCAAGUUUUAUAUCACUGGGUUCUGUGCCAGAGCCGAGAACUGCCCCUACAUGCACGGUGAUUUUCCCUGUAAGUUGUACCACACGACCGGGAACUGCAUUAAUGGUGAUGACUGCAUGUUCUCCCAUGACCCGCUGACCGAGGAGACGAGAGAGCUCUUGGAUAAGAUGUUGGCUGACGACGCGGAAGCGGGCGCCGAGGACGAGAAGGAAGUGGAGGAACUGAAGAAGCAGGGCAUCAACCCCCUGCCCAAGCCGCCCCCGGGCGUGGGCCUCCUGCCCACCCCUCCUCGGCCUCCCGGCCCCCCCGCCCCGACCUCUCCCAACGGCAGGCCCAUGCAGGGCGAGGACAUGUACAACAAGAAGAUCCCCUCCUUGUUUGAGAUCGUGGUGCGGCCCACGGGCCAGCUGGCUGAGAAGCUGGGCGUGAGGUUCCCUGGACCCGGAGGACCCCCAGGACCAAUGGGCCCUGGGCCCAACAUGGGCCCCCCAGGGCCAAUGGGGGGCCCAAUGCAUCCCGACAUGCACCCGGACAUGCACCCCGACAUGCACCCGGACAUGCACCCCGACAUGCACCCUGACAUGCCGAUGGGCCCUGGCAUGAAUCCUGGCCCGCCCAUGGGACCCGGUGGCCCCCCAAUGAUGCCCUAUGGUCCUGGAGACUCCCCACAUUCUGGAAUGAUGCCCCCCAUCCCGCCAUCCCAGAACUUCUAUGAAAACUUCUACCAGCAGCAGGAGGGCAUGGACAUGGAGCCGGGACUCCUCGGGGACGCAGAGGACUACGGGCACUACGAAGAGCUGCCAGGGGAGCCUGGGGAGCACCUCUUCCCCGAGCACCCUCUGGAGCCCGACAGCUUCUCUGAGGGAGGGCCCCCAGGCCGGCCGAAGCCGGGCGCCGGUGUCCCCGACUUCCUGCCCUCAGCCCAGAGGGCCCUGUACCUGAGGAUCCAGCAGAAGCAGCAGGAGGAGGAGGAGAGAGCGAGGAGGCUGGCUGAGAGCAGCAAGCAGGACCGGGAGAAUGAGGAAGGUGACACUGGAAACUGGUACUCCAGCGAUGAGGAUGAGGGUGGGAGCAGCGUUACUUCCAUCCUUAAGACCUUGAGACAGCAGACGUCUAGCAGACCCCAGGCUUCCGUUGGAGACCUGAGCAACAGUGGGCUGGGGGAUCCCCGCCUCCAAAAAGGACACCCCACGGGAGGCCGGCUGGCUGACCCUCGCCUCAGCCGGGACCCCAGACUCACCCGCCACGCCGAGGCUUCCAGCGGGUCCGGCCCAGGAGACACGGGGCCCUCUGACCCUCGGCUGGCCCGCUCCCUGCCCACCCCCAAACCGGAAGGUGGCCUUCAUUCCAGCCCUGCAGGCCCCAGCGGGUCCAAGGGGUCUGGAGCGCCCCCUACAGAAGAGGAGGAAGGGGAGCGGGCCCCGCGGGAGAAGACCAUUACCAUUCCCCUGGACCCUCUCCCUGGGCACCCGCUGCGGGACCCGAGAUCACAGCUGCAGCAGUUCAGCCACAUCAAGAAGGACGUGACCCUGAGCAAGCCGAGCUUCGCCCGCACCGUGCUCUGGAACCCCGAGGACCUGAUCCCCCUGCCCAUCCCCAAGCAGGACGCGGUGCCCCCUGUGCCUGCGGCCCUGCAGUCCAUGCCCACCCUGGAUCCCAGGCUGCACCGUGCCACUGCCACGGGGCCCCCCAACCCCCGACAGCGCCUGGGCACCUCCACAGACCCCGGCACGUCCGGCUCCAACCUGCCUGACUUUGAACUCCUCUCUCGCAUCCUCAAGACGGUCAAUGCCACAGGCCCUUCAGCGGCCCCUGGCUCCAGCGAUAAGCCCAGUGACCCCCGGGUGCGGAAGGCCCCUACUGACCCUCGGCUUCAGAAACCAGCAGACUCUGCUGCCUCCUCCCGGGCUGCGAAGCCCGGCCCCACCGAAGCAUCCUCUCCAGCCGGCAGCCCCAGCGGGGAGUCCUCCCCACCAGCUACCGCCCCCUAUGACCCCCGAGUGCUGGCUGCCGGUGGCCUGGGCCAGGGCGGCGGCAGUGGGCAGAGCAGCGUGCUGAGUGGCAUCAGCCUCUAUGACCCCAGGACUCCCAACGCAGGUGGCAAAACUGCGGAGCCAGCUGCCGAUGCGGGCGCCCAGGCCAAGGGCCCCGAGGGCAAUGGCAAGAGCUCUGCCGCCAAGGCCAAGGAGCCCCCAUUUGUCCGCAAGUCCGCCCUGGAACAGCCAGAAUCCGCGAAGUCGGCUGCAGAUGGGGGCGCUGCCACAACCACAGACAGAUACAACAGUUACAACCGGCCCCGGCCCAAGGCCGCUGCGGCCCCCAGCGCGACCCCGGGCGCCCUGCCACCAGACGGCGCCUCGCCCCAGCCUGGCGUGCACAACCUGCCCGUGCCCACCCUCUUUGGGACUGUGAAACAGACGCCCAAAACGGGCUCUGGGAGCCCAUUUGCCGGCAACAGCCCAGCCCGCGAGGACGAGCAGGACGCGGGGUCCCUGAAAGAUGUUUUUAAAGGCUUUGACCCCACUGCCUCGCCCUUUUGCCAGUAGUGUUAAGCUGGAGUCAAGCGCUCCCUGCACCCCACCCUUCCCAGGGCAGUAUCUAAGGGCAGCAACCAGAGUUGGGAACUUGGGGGGAGGGGGGCUCUGGGUGAUUUUUUUUUUUCCUCUCUCUUUCUCCAUGUCUUUCUCUCUCUCUCUCUUUCUCAUUUUCUCUCUUUUUUAAUAGUACUUUCUUUACAACAUAUAAAUUGUAUAUAACCAUUUUCAGUCCGUUCUGGUCAGUGCUGUGGGGCUCUCAGGCUCCCGCCAAGAAAACCUUCUGCACGUGAACAGUUGUGAGUCACCUGGGCCUCAGCCCCAGCUGGCACUUCCUCUGGCCCAGCUCAGUUAUCAGGGACUCUCUAAAGGCUGGAGCCCCAGUCUGGUGGCUGGGGGUCUGGUGGGUUUUCUGGCCAAAGCUUGGCCCCUCCUCCACCCCCCCGCCCGCCCCUGAGGACAAAGGGAACAGGUGUCCUAAGGCACUGAACGCUGCUCACCCCACAUGAGCAAGGAGAGAUGAAGCCGAGACAGUGGGCAGGCCCUGCGUGGAAGCAGGUCCAAGCGCUUCUAGAACCCCAUCCCUUCUGCAGUGGGCAGGCCCUGACGACCUAAUUCAGGGACCGAAGGAAGGAGACAAUUCAAAAGAAAGGCAGAGAGCCCUCGGAAGCUGCCUGGGCCGGGAGAAGCAGAGUCCCUUCUGCUCCUGUCUCCUGUGGAUUCGUACACCGGCCUCCCUGCUGCCCUCCGUCCAGAGUUCGUCCUCAGACCCGCAUCCUCCGCCCGUAUCAGAAGACUCCAGGGUGAGAGAUGGACCUGGAGGUUGCAGGGCUGGUGUGGGGCGGCAUACCCCAAAAGCUGCCUCCAGCAGGCAGCCUCCGCAGACCAUGUGUUUUCUGUCAGUAUUAGUUCCUGUCCUGUCCUGUCGCGGCCGCGCCUCCUCCCCUCAGGCUGGCGGUCUUUCCUGGUCCUCGGGGGCCAGAGCACCCAGUAUGCUGGCCCCAGCCCCUCGGGGGAUAGCUCAAGGAUCCGUGGCGUGGCCGCUCCACCAGGCUCCCGACGGAGGGAGACCCAGGUGGUUCUUGGCAAAGUGUUUCUCCUCUCCGCUUGCUUUGAACCUCCUUGCACUGUGUCUAACUUAGGGCCCGUGGUUUUGGUGUGUUUGGUUUUCUUACCAGCUGACAGGUGCGUGGGUUCAGAGGCAUGUCACAGUGUUGGAUUUUGGGGUCUUGAGGAAAGGGCAGGAGACUAGCCAGGGUGGGGUGGGGGCUGCCAGGCCCUCUCCAGGAGAGGGCCCAGCAGGACCCCCACUUGAAGGGGUAGGGUGUGGAACCAGAAACCUGCAUCCUGCUCUGUCCUCCGGCUGAGCUGGGAUGGGAGCAGAGACAUCUGCACUGGGCUCCCCCGCACAUGCCCCAGGACCCUGGCUGAGGUCCAGCCCUGUCCACAGAGCUCCAGAGGAGGCCCACCCUGUGGAGGUGGCCUGGAGAGACCAGCCCGUGGCUCGGGGUCCUUCCCAGCUAUGUGUCCACAUGUGCUGGCCGUCUCUUGCCUUUUUCUUCUCAUCCCAUCAUCUCACCUGCCUUGCUUAAGAGCCCCACCUAUUCCUUGCUAACAAUGAGGAAACCUGAUGACCCAGCCAAAGGGUUUCCCCUCCCACCUCUUUGGGUGGGAAGUGAAUGAGGCUCCUAUACCAAACCCCUCUCCCUGGAAAAAGAAAAACCAGUCCUUGAGUUUGGGGCCAGAAGCUGGGGCUGGAGAAGGCGGCCCGCAGGGUUAGUGCGCCGUAGUCAGGUUGGUUUGGUUUGUCUUUGUCUUUUCUGUUUUUGUUGUUUUUAAACAAUCAUUAGUGAGAUUUUUCUUCAGCCACCAGUGUUGGCCUUGAAGCAAAGGGCUGCAGCCCUUGGUGUUUGCAAAAAUAAGUAAGAAUACACAGUGUGGCUGUGGGUUUUUGUGUUUUUUUUUUCCUCCCUCCUUUGAGAAUUUUCUUUUGUAAAAGCAAAAUUAAAUACUUUUUUAAAACCGAAAUCUGUGGAUGAAAUAGAAGCUGGAACCCUCCUGUCAGAAUAUUCAGCCUAAGAACCUCAUGGGACUAUGAAUUCCCCGAAAUUUUCAUUUGCCAUCAGGCCAAGCUUUUAAAACACAAAAUGUUCUCUAACCAGGAUUGUAACAAAAGUGUAAAUACUACUUCAGAGUUGAGAGUUGAUGGUGCAAAUAUGUAUAUAACGUACUGUAUUUUUACAAUGAUCAUCGCAUGACUGUCCCAGCUCCCUUUUUGUACUCCUUAUCUGUCUUCCAGAAAUGUCACCUGCCCUUUCUCCUGUGGUCUCUUAAUCCAAUAAUUGUAUUACUGCCAUUAAAGGAUGCAGUUAUUUUAAAAC